UGGAAAAUUACAAAAAGAUACCUUUGGAAAUGUAGUAGGUAAGAGUUGUGUGUUUGUAUAAAUUAAAAGCCCCAAUCAAGCAUUGAGGAGCUAUAAAAAAGGAAAAUUGGUGUGUAUAUUUCCGCUACCAACAGCGCCGUGAAAGAAGAAGAAGAAGAAAGAAGAAGAUGGUUGGCAGGACAAGUUUGGGAUUGAUAGUGGUGCUGGUCUCCAUGGUGGCUUAUUCUUCGUACGCUCAAACGAACUGCUCCAACUACAGGUUCAGCAACGGCAACGAGUUGUACGCAACGUGCGUGACCCUCCCCGUGCUCGACUCCUUCCUCCACUGGACCUACCAACCGUCCAACCACACCCUCAACAUCGCCUACCGCCACACCCGAGUCACCGCCUCCAACUGGGUGGCUUGGGCCCUAAAUCCGGGCGGCAGAGGCAUGAGCGGUGCCCAGUGCCUUGUGGCCUUGGUGGACCCCUCCUCCUCCACUCCUCGUGCAUACACCUCCGCCAUCGCCCUCAAUGACUACCGCACCACCCUCCAGCAGAACUCCCUCAGCUUCCAAGUCCCAUCCCUCUCCGCUGAGUUUCGGGACGGCCAGGAGAUGAUCAUACGCGCCACCAUCCAGCUCCCUCCAGGGAGGACCAGCUUCAACCAGGUGUGGCAGGUCGGCCCUCUUAGCCCCUCCGGUCAGCCCCAGCAGCACGCCAGCACCUCUGCGAACCUGGGUGCUACCAACAACCUCGAUUUUGCUACUGGGACCACCUUACAGACUGGCGGUGGCAGCGGCGGUGGCUCAAGGCAGAGAAGAAGAAAUACUCACGGUGUGCUGAACGUGGUGAGCUGGGGAAUACUGAUGCCGAUUGGGGCCAUGACGGCAAGGUACCUGAAGGUGUUCAAAGUGGGGAACCCAGCGUGGUUCUACCUCCACGUCACCUGCCAGGCCACUGCCUAUGUAGUCGGGGUUGCCGGCUGGGCCACGGGACUCAAACUAGGCAGCGACUCCCCUGGAAUCGAGCGCACAACCCACAGGAACAUUGGAAUCACCCUUUUCGUCCUGGGCACCCUUCAGGCGUUUGCCCUCCUCCUCAGGCCCAAGCCCGACCACAAGUACAGGAUCUUCUGGAACAUUUACCACCAUUCCAUCGGCUACUCCGUCAUUGCCCUCAGCAUCGCCAACAUUUUCGAGGGAUUCGACAUCUUGGACCCUGAGAGGAAGUGGAGACGAGCCUACAUUGGCGUGCUCAUUGCCUUGGGAGCUAUUGCCCUUUUCCUCGAACCACUCACCUGGUUUAUCGUUAUCAAGAGAAAGAGGGACUCUUCUAAGCACGCACCCAAUGGGACCAAUGGUUAUAUUGCCUAGCCAGCCACAUACUUUUCAUUUUCUUGUUUCUUUUUUGUCGAUCUAGAUGGGUUAUUAUAGUCGUCAUUGAUACUGUUCUUGAUGUUACGAUUACUUCUACUAUCUUCAUGAUUUUUGUCCUAGGUGAUGACGAUUCAUUUCCGAGUUGNG